CUCCACCCUGGCCGGGACUUUUGGGUCUGGGUCCGAGUGGCCGGAAAUGACGACAGAACAGGUACCCUCGAACUGUCAAACGCCGAAACCAUCAACAACGAUCAGUCGAAUGCCGAUUUGACAACUUCACACGUGAAAACYACUAUGUGCAACUCUUCGAUUCUAUAGUUUUUAUAUUUUAUUCCAUGGAAAAUCAGUCCUCUGAAUCCGAUUUAGCUAGUUAUGACUCCGAUGAUUCCGAGUUUAAUUAUAUUCCUGGAAUUUACGUGCCGCGGGUAAAUUACGAGGAGGAAAACGAGAAUUAUGAGCGAGAUUCAAAUGCRGUUGAAGACGAUGACAAUCUUCCCUUCGUUGGUCCGUAUGAAAACGAGCCGCUAGCUGACGAAGAAUGGUUGAAAGAAUAUAAAAGAAAAAAGGAGAUCGAGGAUGCGCUACGUCAAAAACUUCAAGAAAGAAUAGAUGGCGUCGAUCCUUGCAGCAACUGGUGUUCCUGUGGAAACUGCAAUAUCGAUAUGCUACAAAACGUCUACGAGGCAAAAUGUUGUAGGGAACUCGACGGUUGUGUUGAGGCAUGCCACGCUGACAGUGUGUUAGAGGAGACACAAACUCCACCRAACUGCAUAAUUCUUCAUCCUGGUUUUCGCCCAAUUUGCCUGGAGAAAUGGGCCCUCAAGCAGUCCGCUUCUAAAUACAAAACCAGAGAUAAGCGUCGAUACAAUCAAAUUGGGAAGGAGUCGACGUUUCUUCGAGCAGUGGCCUACAGGGAAUUCUGUCAACUUGUUUAUAGAUUUCUUGGAGCCCAAAGAAUUCCCCUGCCAGCCUGUGCAUAUCAUGCUAUUAGGAGUACAUUCAGUGACCAGGAUGAAAGUUUUAUUGGAUUUGAAUUUGAAGAGGAUUGAUAACUGAUAGGAUAGCAAUUUCUUUAUUUUACGUAAUCAUAUGCUUUUGUUAAUUUCAUGUUGUUGUAACUUAUAAACAAGUCCAAUAUGGAAAAGAAUUAUUAUGGGAGAAAACAUGAAUACCAUUUAUUUUAAACUGACCCUAUUUCCUGAAAAAAGUAUAUUAUUAAUGAAUCUCGUACUGAGGUAUAAUUAUCCUUUUCUGCUAAGUAAACAACUGUCAAAAUAAUCAUUUUUUACAAUAUAAUAAUUUAUUAAGAGGCUAAAGUAGCAAAUAUUGCAUCUA